AUGUCCAAGAUGUGCGUGACGAGUCCAUUACCGGCUACGCCGGGGACAAAGACGCGGCCGUCGCUGCCGCGCGAGUUUUUCGCGCGUAUCUACGAAACGAGCUGCAACGAAGGGGAGGACGACAACAACAACGAGGACGAGGAGGUGGACGUGACGUGCGCGAGCGACGACGAGGAUCGCGGUGCGGGUGGUAGGUUGCCGCUGGUGCAGCGGUUGCUUUUGCCGGGACGCGCCAACGGGGCGUACUGGGCGCCUCUGAGGCUCGAGCAUUUACUGCAGUCCGGCGACGGGCAGCCCAGGGCCAAGCAGCACUGCCAGGGAUACGCCGAGUAUUUGCAGCGACGGGAGAAAAAAAAGGGCCAACCCCGGCGACAGCGGACUACGUUCAGCAGCGAGCAAACGAGACGACUCGAGGACGAGUACCUGAAGAACGAGUACAUAUCGCGGGGCCGGCGAUUCGAAUUGGCCGCGGGGCUGAAGCUCAGCGAGACGCAGAUUAAAAUUUGGUUUCAAAAUCGGCGCGCCAAGGACAAGCGGCUCGAGAAGGCCAAGAUGGACCAGCAGCUCAGAAACAUAGCGAUUGCGGGGAGCCUCAUGAUGGGCGUGCCGGCUGGGCCUUGUCGCUUCUGUCAGGCCCCGUUUUGCCUGUGCGCUUGUUUGCGCUCGACCACGGCAACUGCCCUGCCGUUUCCUCGGCCAUCCAACACUACGACAACGUCAGAACCUCGAGGAUCGGCGUCCACGCUCUGA